AUGGCGUUCCAAGGUUAUUCAUGCGAACGUGGUAUAGUUCAUCAAUUGGCUAAGGUUGAAGGUGCCGCUUUGAUAGGUACUAAAGUGAGAGCACCACUUAGCAAAUAUGAACAAGUCUAUGUUUUGCCAAUGGAGAAUGUUCUAGCUACAAAAGGCACAGGUGUUGUCUCUUCUGUACCGUCAGAUUCUCCUGACGACUAUACAGCGCUUCAAGAUCUCAAGAAAAAAUUUACUUAUUACAAGAUUGAUCCUUCGUGGGCUGAUUUCGAUCCUACUCCUAUUAUUAACACGCCUACCUAUGGUGAUCUUGUUGCACCAGCUGUGUGUAAAUUAAAAAAGAUCAAUUCCCAAAAGGAUCGUGUACAAUUGGCUGAGGCCAAAGAUAUAGCUUAUAAAGAAGGGUUUUAUAAUGGUACAAUGUUAGUUGGCGAUUUUAAAGGGAAACCA